GCUCAUCGCAAAGCGAUUUCACUGCAAAUGCCUAGAGGAAUAAAGUGCAAAACAAUAUAAUACACAUUUAACACGAGAAUUUGGGAAAUAAACCAAUACAUUUGAAUAUUUGUUAGUCUAUAACGAAUCUUGCCUCUCUGAACUUCAAAAACCAAAAUGUUUCGAAAAAUUGGUAUGUUCUUGAUUAUCGUGAGUUCCAGUGUAAUGGCUGCAGACAUCCUAAUGGCUACACAAGGUGGAACAAAGUCUCACAAGAUACCAUUCUGGGAGCUGGCGAAAGGACUAAUUUCCAGGGGCCACAAUAUUACCUUACUAAGUGGAUUUCCUGCUGACUUUAAUAUUGAAGGUCUGCAGGAGGUAACACCAACUGGACUUGUUAAAUAUAUACACAACUACACCAAUUGGGAUUUAUUGGGUGCACGAAUGGCUGGAGAAAUGCCUAUUAAGCCAUGGGAUGGCUUGCGAUACGCUUUUGAAUCAUGCGACGCGAUGCUUAGUGAUGAAGAAACCAAGGAGCUGGCAAGCCGCAGCUUUGAUUUGGCCAUAUUAGACGGAGCAUUUCCAGAGUGCUUUCUGGGACUAAUGUACCAGUAUAAGAUCCCAUUUAUGUACAUCAACACGGUAGGCUUUUACACGGGUAGUAUCUCAACUGCAGGAAACCCCGUUAGCUACGCCAUAACCCCGAACUUUUAUUCUCGAUUUACGGAUACAAUGAGUCUCUAUGAAAGGGCAAUAAACACGGCCAUGCAGAUUGGACAACAGCUGAUGCACAUGUAUGUUAUGCGUCAGACACAUAUUGUGCUUCGAAAGCAUUUUGGGGCCAACAUACCGCAUCCUUACGAGAUGUCGCGCAAUGUGAGCUUCAUUUUGCAGAACGGACACGCAGUCCUGUCUUAUCCUCGACCCUUUAAUCCAAAUGUAGCAGAGGUAGCUUGUAUUCACUGUAAACCACCUAGAAAACUUCCCAGGAAACUUGAGGACUUUAUAGGCGCUUCUGGGGUGUCCGGAUUCAUAUAUGUUUCUAUGGGUUCUUCUGUAAAGGCAGCGAAUAUGCCAGAGGCGCUUCGCCAGAUGCUUGUAAAAACCUUCGCACGCUUGCCAUACCAUGUGUUGUGGAAGUAUGAAGGUAGUUCCAAAGACAUAAAGGAACUCACCGCAAAUGUCAAACUUUCAAGAUGGCUACCGCAACAGGACAUUUUGGGACAUCCCAAGCUACGAGCAUUUGUUACCCACGGAGGCUUGCUAAGCAUGUUUGAGACGGUAUUUCAUGGAGUGCCCGUCGUGACAAUUCCGGUAUUCUGCGAUCACGAUGUUAACUCAGCUAAGGCUGAGGUCGAUGGAUAUGCCGUAAAGCUAGAUCUUCAGACGCUGUCGGCCAAUCAGCUUCACAAGACUAUUAUGAAAGUGAUUCACGAUCCUCGGUACAGAAAUGCAGCGCAAUAUCGCCAGAAACUCUUGCUCGAUCAGCGCUCAACUGCUCUGAACACUGCUGUUUACUGGACGGAGUACGUACUGCGUCACAAUGGCGCUUAUCAUCUACAGACUCCUUCACGCAAUAUGACUUGGUGGCAAUAUUAUUUACUCGAUGUUCUUGCGGUUUAUUUAUUCUUACUUUGGAGCCUGAUUUUAAUUAUAAAGCGCGUAGAUUUUCUGUCUGCAAAGCUACGGAACCUUCAUUUGCUGAUGCCUGACUUGCAUUCAAAAGGAAAAAUAAAGUCAAAGAAGCUGUAAUUAGACCGAAGGAUAUUGACUUUUUAAAGUCUUAAAAGACUUUUUAUGAUUCUAGAAUUUCUAAUAAGGAUCUAUAAGAAAGGCUUGACUUCAUUAUAUAUUGUUUGAAGAUAUUAAUUGUAAAAAAAAGUCGAAAUGCAAAUCUAAGGAAUUGAAAUAGUAAAAUAUACCAGUUUCUCAAUAUUGAAAAAAAAAAUGCUAAGUUGGCACGCAAUAAAUACAAAAUAAUUUACUUUUUACAAA